AGUGAGAGCAGAAAGGCGGAAGCAUCCCAGACCACAGCAGUUCAGCCUCUCAUUCCCAGGUACCGGGGGUCCAGGGAGGCUGAAGGAACCCACGCCCCGCUGGUUCGCGUCCCGCCCUCAGCCAGGUGGACCGGAGCGCACAGGAGGGAGAGGGGAGGGAGAGACGAUAAGGUGUCAGGGUUCUGUUACCAGGAAGUGGGUCGAGUUAUUUAUAUUUCAAUGCUUGUCCCCUCGCACCCCGUGGCAGUACCGUGAGAGUAACCUGAACCCGUACGGCAGAGCCACAUUGUCUCCGCCUGGAUGAGUCCCGGACGCCGAGCUACGUCGCGCAGCGUCGUCCUCCGCCCCAGACGGACGCCGCGGGGACGGGGAGCGUAGAGAGGGGACGGAGAAGGGACAGCCGGGUGGAGAACCCGUCUGGUGGAGAAACAGCCAGGUGGAGAACCAGCCAGCCAGGGGGAGAACCAGCCGAGUGGAGAACCAGCCAGGGGGAGAACCAGCCCGGUGGAGAACCAGCCUGGGGGAGAACCAGCCAGGGGGAGAACCAGCCUGGUGGAGAACCAGCCAGGGGGAGAACCAGCCAGGGGGAGAACCAGCCUGGGGGAGAACCAGCCAGGGGGAGAACCAGCCUGGUGGAGAACCAGCCAGGGGGAGAACCAGCCUGGUGGAGAACCAGCCAGGGGGAGAACCAGCCUGGUGGAGAACCAGCCAGGGGGAGAACCAGCCAGGGGGAGAACCAGCCAGGUGGAGAACCAGCCAGCUGGCGGACGGGCUACACGGUGGGGGAUGCCAGAGCCAGGUGCUAAAAUGAAGAUCCACAAGAAGGUUCUCAACCACUACCUGUCCUGCACUUCACCGGUGGACAAAGAGGGCUAUCUCUACAAAAUGAAAGAGCGCACGGCCACAUACCACCGGCGGUGGUUCGUGCUGAAGGGCAACGUGCUGUUCUACCAGGAGAGGCCGGCAGACCGUCACCUUCUGGGCGUCAUCGUGCUGGAGGGCUGCGUGGUGCGGCGCGGCGAGGCAGACGGCCAGCUCUGCUUCUCGCUCGUCUUCCAGGCGCCGGGGCUCAGGGCCUACCGGUUCGCCGCGGAGGAGCGCCUGACCCAGGAGAGUUGGGUCAAGGUCUUGCUCUCCGCGAGCCACUGUAACCUGUCUCUGCUGGUCAGAGACCUGGGCCAUCAGUAUGAAGAAGCUAAACGUGAAGCAGCUUCUGUUGCCAGCGGUUCUACGGUGAAGGGGGACAGCAGCCAGCAGCCGUCGGUCGCUCGGGUGAGGCACCACUCGCUCCUGACGAUAGAGGGCGCCAAAUGCGACGUCCGAGACGGGCGAAGCUACAGCACCGGCCACCUGCUGCAAGAACCCUCGUUUUCUCCCAAAGCUGCGAAUAAGAAAUCCCCGAAGCAUUGGUCGAAGAGGAACGCGCAUGUCACCCCGUUAAACGGACCAGCACCUCUCUAUGGCGAGUGGCCGUCAGUGGGGUUGGAUCCCCUGGAAGAGUUCAGCAAACUGCACGAGUAUUAUGGGGAAGAGGUUCUGCAGGUGAGGGCGGCGUGGCUACGGAGGAGGCAGGUGGACAAGGAGCAAAGGGAGGCCGCUCUGAUUGACAUUUAGUGGACAUUUUAAUGGAAAUGUGUUAUUGGUUUUUUAUAAUAUGGUUCAUGUGCGUCAAAUGUAAUGUGUGUGGGAAUAAUAUACAUUGUAAAUAGGAUGACAUUAAACCCAUUUCAUGUUUUAAAUUAGAAUUGUGUUAUUCCCUCAUCAACUUGGAGGCAACAGUAUUAAAACAAAUAAAUAUGGCAAUAUAACUAUUUGCUCAA